CAAGUGUUAACAAUGUAUCUAUUAUGUCAGACUACACGCUGAUAAAUGGCAAUCAAGUCUUCUUGAUCUCCGAGGUUUUAUUUGUGUCUGAAGCAGUGGUUUCCAAACUACAUCAGAUGCAUAAGGAUAAAGAAACGCCGCCGCUUCUAGCUUUUCCUUGGUUUGGAGCUCAAUUUUUGUCCCACUCAUUUUUGGCAUUAGAACGCGAUCCAAGAUUUUCGCAAAUAACAAGCCGACGGCGACGCCAGUUCGCCCACCAGCACAACGCCGAAGUCACCCAGCAGCCGCGCACCAACGGAGAAGCGCCGAAGUCACCCAGCAGCCGCGCUCCAACGGGGAGCGCCAGCAGUCUACGCGUCAGUAACGGAGCUGUGGUCGUGAACGCACAGCUACAAACGAAUAGCGCUCGACUUGUGGAUAGGCGACUACACAAGGCUUGGCUAUUCAAGGGUAGAGCGCCGCCACGCCACAGUCCACCGCGAACACGCGCGACAGCGACGCCCGAUCGUGGGAUAACAGUGCGCCGGCAUAGCAGAGCGCCGACAUCGCACAGAAGCAGAGGGCCGGCAUAGUAACGCCGACGUCACAUAAUAGCAGAGCGCCGACACAGUAGCGCAGACGCCGCCUGGUAGCAGGGAACCGACGUCGCACAGAAGCAGAGCGCCGGCGUCGCACAGCGACAGAGCGGCGAUACAGCAGCGCCGGCGUCGCACAGCGACAGAGCGGCGAUACAGCAACGCCGAUAGAACAGCACCGUUAGGAAUUUACGUCCCGUUAAUGAUAUUAUGUUUGUAAUGUUAAGAAUUUCCACGUGAUAGAAAAUAAGCAGCAAUUAAAUAAA